AUGGAGAACUCUCAUGAAAGUCAGUCGUUGGCUUAUCCAGCAGCGUGGACAACAUCCGACAGACCUCGCAUGACCCUUCAACUUCCCACUCAGCCGGCGGAAAAAGAAGAGAAAGAUGUACAACAGCUAACACGCAUGAAAGUGGAGCCUGAUCUGCCUCCCUCUUUUCGGCAGUCUGUCGUGAUCGAGCCCCAACCAGCAGCAGUUGAUGUCCGGCCGAACUAUUCCAUUAUUUCUGGAUAUCCACCUCCACCACUCGAGACCUUGUCGCCGUACAGUGUUGAGAGCAUAACUGGUAUGGGCAUCCCGUCAUACACUAACAAUUACAUCUACAGCUAUCAACAACCAAAUCUCAAUUUCCAGCCGGCUCAGUCGUCUAUUAAUGGGAAUAUCAUUUUUCACCCAUAUCCCGCAACGACGACUACUCACUACAUUGACACCACAAAUAAUACAUUUGAUCUCAAUCAGCAUUACUUCCCACCUGCACCAUCACUAGAAUGCCUGAAAUGUGGCGAGUCUUGUGGUGACAAUCACUCUAUAACCGGUGGAUACCUGUGUGACAACUGCUAUCUUGGAAUGGACAAGCCGACAUAUACUGUAAGAUUAUAUCUACAAGUUUCUCCACAGAUACACAGUAACACAUACAACACUAACGCAGAGCAUGUGAAUAAGGAAGAAAAGGUUUUCCAGUUAUAUCCUCCCACAUCAAUGGAGCCCCGGCACACGGUUGAGGCGAUGCCGGUGUCCAAAUCACGAGGCAACUCGGCGCAUAAGAAGCCUUCCGCUGCUCAAAAUUCGCAAAGGAGACAAGGCCUGGUUUGUUCGAACUGUGGUGGAACAAAUACAACUUUGUGGAGGAGAAAUGCUGAAGGAGAGCCAGUUUGCAAUGCAUGUGGGCUAUAUUACAAGCUUCACAAUGUGCAACGGCCACCAACGAUGAAAAAGGACGGGCAGCUUCAAACGAGGAAACGAAAAGCGAAAUCAGACGGAACGAGUACUGGUAAGAAGCGAGAUCGGUCCAGUAACUACACCCAAUCAACGCAAGCGAUCCCGGAUCGAAAUAACACAACAUACCAGCCAGCAUUCAGCUCCAUUGGUUUCUCUAAUCAGAUAGAUAGCAGUUAUCCUCAAAUGAACGGCUACUCCUCCUCAUGGCAAACCUCCGGUGGCCUCGGCACGUCAGGUUCGGACUCCAACCAUUCGUCGGCAUUCCAUUCCACCUAUCCCUCACCGUACGCGCCACCAAUCCCGAAAAUUUCCGAGGUUUUUGGUCCUCGACGGCAAAGUUCUGUUUUUAAGGCUCGACAUAUGGGCGACGAUGAGACGCAAGCCGCCACGCAGGAAAACCAGGAAGUUCUUAGAAAAAUAGCAAUGCUUGGAAAGCUCAUGCGAUACCAUGAUGUUUAA